AUGCAGCAACCACGCGGUGGCUGCUGGGCCGCUCGCCGCCUCCUGGUCGCGCCGGCGUCCCCGCCGGAUCCCGCCCAUCCGAUGGACGCGCAGCCGAUGGCGCGCCUGGAGACGGUGUUCAGCGGCACCACCAUCGUGCUCUUCGUCGCCACCGUCUCCUACGUCAUCUUCAGUGCAGUCUACGCCUGCAUCCGCGCCGCCCGCUACGACGCCCGCCAACAAGGACUCGGAUGGGUCGACGGCGACGGCCUGGGGGCGGCGGCGCCGCGGGAGGAGACCAAGCGCGCGCUCGAGGCGAUACCCGUGCGGGUGGUCGUCCUGCAGCAGCAGCGGCCGCACGAUGCCAUCGGAGGCAAGGAGGAGGAGGAGGACAAGAAGGACCCCGACGCGGACGCUGGCGACUGCGCGGUGUGCCUGGCGGAGUACGCGGCCGGGGACGAGGUGCGGGUGCUCCCGGCGUGCCGCCACGGGUUCCACCGGGAGUGUGUCGACCGCUGGCUGCUCACGCGCGCGCCCACCUGCCCUGUCUGCCGCGCCACGGUCGGUGCGCACGUCGAGGGCGCCGACGCCAAGGAGGACUACGCGGCCGGACACGGCGGUGGCAUUGGUUUCGCCGCCGGGUCCCAUGCGCUUCCGGAGCCGGUGUGA